CAGGCUCCGAGCCAUCAGCCCAGAGCCUGACGCGGGGCUCGAACUCACAGACCGCGAGAUCGUGACCUGGCUGAAGUCGGACGCUUAACCGACUGCGCCACCCAGGCGCCCCAUGACAUCACAAUUUAUUGCAUGCAGGUACGUGCAUCCUGGUGACUCUUUUUGGCAACACAGUCACGGACAAACAAAGGCACUGUCUUCAAUGGGCUGUGCUUGUGCGUGUGGGGGGGUGUUAGAAACAAACAAAUAAAUGUCUAACUGGUGACAGCGAAGCUGUGACAAAAAUGUCAAGGCAAGAAGCGAGUCGGAGAGUGAUGGGGUUGCGUUUUCAGACAGGAGCUCAGAAGGGGCUAAAGUGGCCUUACGCAGAGAAUUAAAGGAAGUGCAGGAGGAAGCCGCACAGGCAGGGAAACAAAGGCAGUAAGAACAAAGGCCCUGCGCGUCACUUCACGCUGUUUCCUUCCAUCUUUAGACCAGCCCUGCAAACGUGCGUAUCGCGUCUCCCAGGCGAAGAUGUGAAAAGAGAGACUCAGCAAGAAAAAGCGACUUGCCCAAACUAGAGCUGGUCCUCGCUGGCACCGGAGUCAAACUCCGAUCCUCUGAUCUCAGAGGCGGUGCUGGGAACCGGGGCCGUGUGCAACGGACAGUGUGAGAUGUUGCCGGAGGAGCAGAGAAGUGGGCACGCGGUUCCAGUUGAGACAACACUUCCUCUAGGAAGCACUUGCUGAUUCCUCCAGACUUGGGGGAGCUUCCCUGCUAUUUCCUCCCAUAACGUCUGCAUCCUUAUCCAGCACUUUAAAUUUUGUACUGAAAUUGUCUGUUUUCUGGAGCUCCUCCCAGGCUAUACAUUCUUCGGGGGCAGGGCCAGUGUCUUGACUUUGCUUUCCUCUUCUGAAAUGAAAGAUGUCUCAUUGUGCCAUCCUCACUGGUUCUCCUUGAGUUGUCGUUGUCCGUGAGGUUAUGAACGUCCUGACUCUCACUUCCACCUAUGCAGCCAUAUGCCCCAAACUGGACCCAUGUAACAGAGUUUGUCAUAGUGGGCUUUGCUGGGGUGCAUGAAGCACGCCCCCUCUUCUUUACACUCUUCCUCACCAUGUACCUAUUCACCCUGGUGGAGAACUUGGCCAUCAUCGUGGUGGUGGCUUUAGACCACCGGCUACGUAGACCCAUGUAUUUCUUCCUGACGCACUUGUCCUGCCUUGAAAUCUGGUACACUUCGGUGACAGUGCCCAAGAUGCUGGCUGGUUUUAUUGGGGUAGGUGGGGGCAAGAACAUCUCCUAUGCUGGCUGCCUGUCCCAGCUCUUCAUCUUUACCUUCCUGGGGGCAACGGAGUGUUUCCUACUGGCUGCCAUGGCCUAUGACCGCUAUGUGGCCAUUUGUAUGCCUCUCCGAUAUGCGGCCUUGGUGUCGUGGGGCGCCUGCGUCCGUCUGGCCGCUGCUUGUUGGCUGGCGGGCCUCCUCACACCUGUUUUGCCUAUCUACCUCAUGUCCCAGCUGACGUUUUGUGGCCCCAACGUCAUCGACCACUUCUUCUGUGAUGCCUCACCGCUGCUAGCCUUGUCCUGCUCAGAUGUCACCCUGAAGGAGACCACAGACUUCCUCGUUUCUCUGGUGGUGCUCCUGGCCUCCUCUACGGUUAUUUCUGUGUCCUAUGGCAACAUCGUCUGGACGUUGCUGCACAUCCAUUCAGCUGCUGAGCGCAGGAAGGCCUUCUCCACUUGUGCAGCUCACCUGACAGUGGUGAGCCUCUUCUAUGGCACUCUUUUUUUCAUGUAUGUCCGGACCAAAGUGGCCUCCUCCGUCAACUUCAACAAGGUGGUGUCUGUCUUCUACUCCAUUGUCACGCCAAUGCUCAACCCCCUCAUCUAUAGUCUUCGGAACAGGGAGGUGAAGGGAGCUCUGGGCCGAGCCUUGUCCCUCAGGUCUUGGAAAGGUCAGCAAGGAGGAAGGUGAAGACCUAAUUUUCUUGCCUUGGCUCUUCAGAAGGAGGGUGGUGAGGACGAGGGGACAGAGCAGUGACCUGGGUGGUCAUGAGUUAUGGAUCAUGUAUUAGUUAAAGUAAACUGUUAAUCUGGUGUAAUGAGAGACAUCUAGCUAUAAAGGGGCUUAAAGAAGGAAAGAGAUUUGUUCUUUCCUGCAAGAGUCCAAGGUGAGUGCUUCAGGUUGGCUCUGCUCAACAGGCAACGAUGGAAGUUCCCUCAUUCCAUAGUGUCAACAUCCCUUAGGAUGUUGGCAAACUAAGCGCCGUGGGCCAAAUUCAACUCGACACUUGUUUUUAAUGAGCUGUAAGCUAAGAAUGGUUUUUAGACUUUUAAAUGGUUGUAAACAAAUCAAAAGUAAAAUAAUACUUCAUGACACAUAGUCAUUUUAUUUUUUAUUUUAAUUUUUAAUUUGAGAGAGAGAGAGUGAGGGAGAAGCAGAGGGAGAGACAGAGACAGAGACAGAGAGAGACAAUCCCAAGCUCAGCACGGAGCCUGAUGCAUGGCUCCAACUUACAGCCAUGAGAUGAUGACCCGAGCUGACAUCAAGAGUCAGAUUCUCAACUGACUCAGCUACCCAGGUGCCCCGACCCAUAAUCACUUAAUAAAAUUAAAAGUUCAGUGUCCAUAAAUCGAGUUUUACUAGGAUACGAUCACACCAUAUGUGUUAUCUAUGGCUCCAUUCGUGCUACAAUGACAGAGUUGAGUAGCUGAGAUAGUGACCAUAUGCCAACCCUCAGUCUAGGGCCUUCUUGUUAUCUACAUGGUCAGCAUGAGGUUCCAGGGAGCAAGAAGGGUGAGGAUAGAUCAAGGAGGAAACAAACUUCAUGUCUUAAGGUUUCUCCACUAGAUGUAGAAACCAUCAUUUCUACUCACCUCUGUUGGUGAGAAAUUAGCCAUAGCUCCCAGCUCUUUGCCAGGGUACUGAAAAGAGUCUGUAGCUAGGCAACCAGGUACCCAGCCCCAAUUUGAUUAUUGUGGAGAAAAAGGAGAACAAAUUUUGGCAGACGACUAGCUGUUUCCACCCACAAAGUCCCCAGAAUCAUAGCUGAUUUUCCAUGUGAUCCAUGUACUUAAUUUCUUUGUA